AAAGCCUUUUACAUUUGCUCACACCCAAACUCUUCAAGUAAGACUCAUCUGUUUUCUGACGACAGUCAAACACUGAAACAAUUAUGUUGGCUUCCAUGGCCAACCAACGAGCCUCUUCUUCCUCGGCUUCCUUCACCAAUUCAUGGAAAAACCAGGUCUUUCUGAGCUUCAGAGGGGAAGACACGCGCCACAACUUCACAGACCAUUUGUAUAGCGCUUUAUGUCAACAAGGCAUUAACACCUUCAGGGAUGAUGAUGAGCUCAGAAGAGGAGAAGAAAUAUCAAGCGCGCUUCUCACAGCAAUUGAAGAAUCAAAGAUUUCUGUCGUUGUGUUCUCUAAAAAUUAUGCCUCUUCAAAGUGUUGUUUGGAUGAACUUGUUAAGAUUCUUGACUGCAAAGAAUCAAAUCAACAACUGGUCCUGCCAGUUUUUUAUAAGGUGAAUCCAUCAGAUGUACGAAAUCAGAGAGGUAGCUUUGGGGAUGCACUGGCUAACAUGGAGCGCAAAUACAAAGAUAAAAAGGACAAGGUCAAGAAAUGGAGGGCAGCACUUUCACAAGCAGCAGCUUUGUCAGGGUUCCCUUUGGACGAGCAUGAAUCUGAAUCUAAAUUUAUCCAAAAUAUCAUUGAAAAGAUUUCAGAACAAUUAUUAAAGCAUGUGUGUAUGAAAGUGGCAGAGCAUCCAGUUGGAAUGCAAGCUCAAGUACAAGUUAUGAAUGUGCUUUUAGAUUUGGGGGAAAACGAUGUUCGUAUGGUAGGGGUAUGGGGAACUGGUGGAGUAGGUAAGACCACAAUUGCUAAAGCUGUUUAUAAUUCAAUUGCCCACAAAUUUGAAGGUUGUUCCUUUUUGGCAAACCUUAGAGAAAGGUCAAAGUCGCAUGAAGGUUCAAUCGGAUUACAAGAGAAUCUUCUUUCUGACAUUCUAAGGGUAAAAAAUUUGAAGGUGACCAAUGUUGAUAAAGGAGCCGUUGUGAUACAGGAAAGGUUGAGUUGUAGAAAGGUUCUCUUGGUUCUUGAUGAUGUGAAUGACAUGGACCAGUUACAAAACUUAGCUGGGGCAUGUGAAUGGUUUGGUGCAGGCAGUAGAAUUAUCAUAACAACAAGGGAUAAACAACUGUUAAAAGCUCAUGAUGUUAAUUUAAUACAUGCGGUCAAGAUUUUAAAUGAACCUGAAGCUCUUGAGCUCUUGAGUUGGUAUGCCUUCAAAAGAAGUGAGCCUCCUUUGGGUGAUUAUGUGAAACUUGCAGAACGUGCAAUGCGCUAUGCUCAAGGCCUUCCUUUGGCUUUGAAAGUUCUAGGUUCUCAUCUAUAUGGUGGAAGUAAACAUAAAUGGCAAGCUGCAUUGGAUGGUUUCCAAGGCACGGAAAUUCAAGAAGUUCUCAAAAUAAGUUACAAUGCCUUGGAUGAUAGAGUAAAGAAGGUUUUCCUUGACAUCGCAUGUUUCUUUAAGGGUAAAAGUAGAAACUAUGUGAUAGAAGCUUGUGAGCUAAACGCUAGAUAUGGCAUUGAAGUACUCAUAGAAAAGGCCCUCAUAAGUGUUGAAGGAAGUUAUAUUCAGAUGCAUGACUUACUAGAAAAGAUGGGUAAGGACAUAAUUGAGCAGGAGUCGCCCACUGAACCUGGAGGACGUAGCAGAUUGUGGUUUCAUGAAGAUGUCAAGUAUGUUCUGACUAAAAAUACAGGAACAAAUAAAAUCACAGGCAUCAUGUUAGAUUUCCCCAAACAAGAUGAUGAGAUAUUCUUGGAUGUUGGCAGAAGCUUCUCGAAGAUGAAAAAUCUUAAAAUUUUCAUAAACUAUAAUGUAUGCCUUUCUGGAUACGCUAGUUCUAUCCCAAGCAAUUUGAGAGUGCUUGAGUGGUAUGGAUGUCCAUUCCAAUCUUUUCCAGCCAACUUUCGUCCAAAGGCACUAGUUGUGCUCAAUCUACCUUACAGCCGCAUCAAACAAAUAGGGAAGAGAUUGCAGCAUUUCACAAUGUUGACAUUUUUGAAUUUAACGGGCUCUGAAUUCCUAACUGAAAUUCCCGACUUAUCCGGCAACCCAAACCUAAGGUCCUUGAAUGCAAGUGGUUGUAGAAGUUUAGUUAAGGUUGAUGCAUCAGUUGGAUAUCUUCAUAAACUUGAACAAUUGUAUUUGAGGGGAACAGCUAUAAAAGAGUUGCCUUCAUCAAUUGGAUAUCUUCAUAAACUUGAAGAAUUGUAUUUGAAUGGAACAGCUAUAAAAGAGUUGCCUUCAUCAAUUGGAUAUCUUCAUAAACUUAAACAAUUGUAUUUGAUGGAAACAGCUAUAAAAGAGUUGCCUUCAUCAAUUGGAUAUCUUCAUAAACUUGAAUUAUUGUAUUUGAGUGGAACUGCUAUAAAAGAGUUGCCUUCAUCAAUUGGACAUCUCACUGCGCUUAAAUAUUUAAACUUAGAAGAAUGUGAAAACCUUACAAAUCUGCCACCAAGUAUUUAUGGGUUUCAGAAUCUCCACAUUCUUAAUCUCAAUCGAUGCCCAAAACUAGUCACACUUCCAAAUAACUUGAUCUCUGAAGAAUCACUUCCUUUGGAGGUUUUAACUAACUCAAACAUUCCACGUGACACCUUUAGCUCAUUAGCAGUUCCCAAGCAAUGCUGGAUUCAAUUUAAAGAGUGCAAUGUAUCAGACAUUGAUUCCUUGGAGAAUUUUGGUUGGUCAUCCAAAGUAAAUAUAAUUGAUCUGUCCGACAGCAAUUUUGUUAGUCUUCCUGUGUGGAUUAGCAAAUUUGUCAACUUGGAGGGACUUUAUUUGCAUGGUUGCAAGAGGCUUGUAGAAAUUGAAGUACAACUUCCACCGUCUAUAAAAUUUGUGGACGCUGUGCGAUAA